AUGACAAACCUCAUUGGAAGUUUAAAAGUGGAAAAUUCAAAUUUUAAAAGUUUAUCGUUUUUCACAAAAAAGAAGGAUGAUGGAGUUUUUGAUUUGGUCUGUGAAAUUGGAGAAAUAUCAAUUCAGAAUAAUCCAAAAUUAGAAGAUGUCAGUAUUCUAGAAGAUUUUGGAAUCUGGGGAGACUCGAGUUUGGAUGAAUGCCCUAUUCGAAUUCAGAAUAAUUCAAAGUUGGAUACUUCAAAAAUUUGUGAAAUGGAGAGAUUUCAAGAAUGGAUUAGUUUGAGCAUAUCUGGAAAUUUUAAGGAUUGCGUCGAAAAAAGGAAAAAAUUCAAGGAGAAUUAUGUGAUAGAUCUUUCGAACAACUCAGAAAUGACACAUUUCGGAUUGGAGAGAAUGCAUGAAAUCUACACUGCUCAAAGUGACGUCACCACAAUAAAUCUGGAAAAUCUUCAUCCGGAGUUUUGUCUAACCUUCGAUGAAGUCUUCAUCCUUCUCACUCUAAAAAUCAAAUUCCGCAAUAUUCAUGCAAAAUUUUGCGAAAAUUUCGAAUCUACUAACAAGAAAAAAGGUCUCAAAGUUUGCAAAUUCGAUCAAAUGGAAAUUUUAGAAUUCGAUUGCGAAUUUUUAUUUGGAAACGUAGUUGUGGACACUUACAACGGACGACAUUUAUCAAAUUUAUACAAUGUUAUGGUCAUUUUUGGAUCUCUAAAAAUACAGUAUACCAAGUUGGAAGGACUGAGUUUUCUCAAUAAUUUAAGAUACAUUGCUAAUUUGAAUGAAUCCCAUCCAACAAUUUUUAUCCGGUCAAAUAGAUAUUUAAAACAAGCAAAACUUCCGAAUUUGGAGCACGUAAUUUCCAAAAAUCAAGAUUCUGUGGUGAUAAGUGAUAAUGCAGAACUAUUUAGCAAUAAUCAGGAAUGUUUGAUGUAUCGAAUUACAUAUAAAACGAAUCUUAAAGUGAAGAAUGAGCAGUGUGACCGAUCCAUCUACAAAACAUCCCUAUCUGCUUCUAAUUUUUCUCCAUUCCUUCUUUUUUUCCUCUACUUUUAA